AUGGGCGGAAUCGAUGAAGUUUACAAGCCUCAGUGGCACGCUAGGUUCAAGCCACUUUUCAAAACUAACACCUUUGAGAAGGCGGUUGUUUUCAUCAUGGGUGUUAGUAUCAUGCAGCCGCUGCACGUCACCGUGGCUGGUGGUUCCUUCUCAGUUAGGCGUUUCGGUCUUGGUCCGGAGAGUAUUGGUCCUUUUAUGGGUAUUACUUACUCCUUCCAGCAGCUGUUUUGCCUUAUGGGUUCUCUUACAUCAACCGUCCUGAGUCAAACUUGUGAAAAGAACUACGCCCAAUAUUGGGUUUACAUUAAUGGGACGUACUCUAUGGUUCUGUGCACCUUCAUCACCAUGCUUAACACGAGGCUUUUGCUGCUGUGUGCCACUAGCAUUGGUGACUCCAAUCUGACGGCGUACUACUGGACUCUUGCGUUUACGGGAUAUUUGUUCGGAGCCCUCGACUCGCCGGUGCGUACACUUAGUGCUGGUAACGGUAUGUGGUUCAAUCUUGGGAUGGCGUUCAAUGGAUUCUGUGUUAACAUUAUCCACGCCUUGGUGCCUAAGUUCCUUCCUCCUUCCGGGGAUCUGCACUACUGGACAAUCUACUGGCAGAUUCUCUUUACUACCUUGCUUUCUAUGGCGGUUGGUAUUCUGUGGACUAUCCUUAUCAUUUUCGACAAGUUCGGUCCUCCUAAGCCAGAUUACAGCUGUCGUAGGGGUAAGGGCGCUGGCUUGGAGGAUGCCUUGAGUGGUGGAAUGAUUCACAUAUUCCUGGUUUGUGGUAGUCUGGGUACUCAGUUCUGUGUUUACCCAAGUGUUGCACCUUUCUCUAUUGUUACCCCCGACAAAGCGCAGAACGUUAUCAGAGCGUGCCUGUACCUCAACGCUCUCGUUGGUGUCGCGGGUGUGCUGUUAAAGGAUUACUGCAAGUUGGGUAUGCCAUGGACUUCGGAAAAUGGUAACGAGUUCUACAAGGCUUCGCUGUUCCUCUUUGUUCCCUACUUUGUGCUCUUCUGGUUGUUCAUCUACGUCUUGCAUCACCCCAAGAGUUUCAUUGGUAGCAUGAUCUACAUGAAGCCAACUGCGGUCUUCGUUCUCACUGUGGUUUACUUCCUCGUCGGUGGUUUGCUGAAGACGGCUGGUUUCGGUGGUGCCUACAGCAAUAUGGCUUACGGUAACGGUAAAUCUGGAGAUGGUAGUGGUGCGGGUAAGGCGAUGACAAUUCUCGGUACCAGUGUCAUGGUUACUCUGGUCACUACAAAGUUCAUUUCUGCAGGUUAUCUGAGAGCGUUCCGUGCUGCCAAGAAGGGUUUGGACUCUGGUCUCCCAUGGCCUACUGAGGACAUGAGUGAGGUCAGGGCUUUCUUCUACUGGCUGAAGUGUGGUCUCGUUGGUGCGGGUAAGACCUUCCGUGAUGUCUUCACGACGGACAUCCGUACCAAGGUUUUGGUUUGA